AUGGCUCCUAUCCAAUUCGGCAUCGUCCUCUACGACUUCCAAGCCCUCGACGUCGUCGGCCCAAUCGAUAUCUUAUACGCUGGAUCCAAAGACCUACUGGACCCGAUGGCAGCAGCUGGAUGGGUAACAAAUGAUGUAGCUUCUGCAGCUAUUGAUAUUAAAUUCCAUUAUAUCGCACCGACCAUGGAUGCUAUGCAGAUCAUGUCCGGACUCAGUCUCAACCCCAGCACCACGUUCGACAAAUGCCCCAAACUCGAUUGUCUACUAAUUGGAGGACCCGGUCCAGAAUUCUGGAAUGAUAUCCCAGAGUCAUACGCAAAGUUUCUGACUGAAAAGGCUCAGGAAGUCGAUUACUUUUUUGCGACUUGCACGGGUGGCGUUGUGGCUGCCAAAGUCGGUUUGUUGAAGAAUAAGCGCGCCACGACGAAUUCCACAGUGUUGAGCUAUGUUGCCACAGAAUUCCCGGAAACAAAAUGGGAAAAGUCGCAUUGGGUCGUCGAUGGGAAGUUUUGGACAGCUGGGAGUUCAUUUUCGGGGAUUGAUAUGAUCGAGCACUGGGUGAAGGGUAGAAGGGGAGAGGCGGCGGAGGCACUUGCGCGUGAAAGUCUGGAUUGGACUCCUAGAGAUAUAAAUGGUAAAUAUAUCCAGUAG